AUGGAUUUUCCACACUUAUUGAGAAAUUUAAAGAACCUUUCUAGGCUAGAUCUUUCUAACAAUAAGAUUCAUGGUCCAAUCCCUAACUGGUUAAUCAGCAUAAGGUGGGACUCAUUGGAGUUCCUAAACCUUUCUCAUAAUUCACUUACAGGACACAUAGAACAACUUUAUUACCCUAAUCUAAAGUUUCUUGAUCUUAAAUUUAACUUCCUUCAGGGUCAGCUACCUUCUUCUAUUUGUAAGUUGAAGAACCCUACAUUACUGGAUUUAUCACACAAUAAUUUUAGUGAAUCAAUUCCAUAUUGCUUGGGAAGCAUGACUUGGCUAACGGUGCUCGACUUAAGAAGGAACAAUUUUAGUAGGAGUCUUCCACCGUUAUGUACUCAAAGCACUUCGUUGUAUACCAUUUCCUUGAAUGGUAAUCAAUUUAAAGGACCUAUCCCCUUGUCAUUGCUCAACUGUACUGAUUUAGAAGUCCUUGAUAUGGGUAAUAACGCUAUAAAUGUCACAUUUCCAGCUUGGCUGGGAACUCUUGAAGAGCUGCAAGUUCUUAUAGUAAAGUUGAACAAGUUCCAUGGACCUAUAAGUAUUAGGCAGAAGUUUUGCUUUCCCAAGUUGCGGGUUUUCGAUCUCUCUCAUAAUGAGUUCAGUGGCUUACUACCUUCAGAAGUUUUUCAAAACUUCAAAGCAAUGACAAAAAAUGGCACAAACAAAGGCAGCAUCAGAUAUAUGAAACUACAAUUUACUGGUUCAUUUAGUGACUCAAUAAUGUAUAAGGAUUCUAUAAGGUUGGAGAUCAAAGACCAAGAAAUUGAGCUAGAAAGAAUCCCCACAAUUAUGACAACAAUAGAUCUCUCAAGCAACCAUUUUGAAGGUGUGAUUCCAAAAACACUAAAGGAUCUUGGCUCACUUAGGCUACUCAAUUUAUGCCGUAACAAUCUCAGAGGUGAUAUUCCAUUGGAAAUGGGGCAAUUGAAUAGGCUUGACGGGCUAGAUCUCUCUUGGAAUUGGCUCACUGGAAUGAUUCCACAGAUAUGA